GUAUAGAGAGGUUAGUUUUUAACUUGAAACUUUUUAGAUAAGCCGAUUGAUAUUGUUUUGAAAAUAUAUUUUUUUUAUUAUAUAAUUAAUAUUAAAAGAAAAUAUGUCAGAUAGUUCAGAUGAUGAAUCAAUAUUCGAUGAAGCGUUUAAACGGUCCAAAAGGAUAUUUUAUAGAGACAGAAACGAAUGGCGAGAUGUUGUUCCCGUACCUCAGGAUGAUGGUCCGGAACCUAUUGUUUCUAUCCCCUAUUCGGAAAAAUUCAAGGAUGCUUUCGACUAUUUUAGAGCAGUUUUAAAAUCAGGAGAAAAAUCACAAAGAGCAUUGGAAUUAACUUUAGACUGUGCUAAUUUAAAUCCAGCAAAUUACACUGUUUGGACGUACAGGAGAGAGAUUCUUAAAUCAUUAGGCAGUGAUCUCGAGAAGGAAUUGAAAUGUAUAAAUUUUUUGAUGAAGAAGAAUUCGAAAAACUAUCAACUUUGGCAUCACAGGCAGGUCAUUGUGGAAUUGCUGAAGGAUCCCAGUUAUGAAUUAGAAUUCACUGCAAUGAUAUUAAAAUUGGACGCUAAAAAUUAUCACGCCUGGCAGCAUCGUCAAUGGGUUAUUAGAACAUUUAAUUUAUAUGAUAAGGAAAUAGAGUACGUCGAAGAGUUACUAUUAGAAGAUGUGCGAAAUAAUUCAGCCUGGAAUCAGCGUUAUUUCGUAUUAGAUAAUACAACAAAAUUUGAGCCAGAGAUUAUUGAUCGUGAAAUUGAUUUUGCCAUAAGUAAAAUUCAUAUUGUUAAAGGAAAUGAGAGCCCUUGGAGUUAUUUGAAAGGAAUUUUAAUGAAUGAUCCCAAGGGUUUAGGCUAUAAUGAAAAAGUAAUGAAGUUAUGUCAACAAUUGUACUCCGAAGGUUGUAGAGUAAAUCAUUUACUCGCUUGUAUAAUUGACAUUUGUCAGGAAAGGCAUAAAGAAAACGAUCCACCAGAUUCACUAUUUAACGUCGAUAAUGCUCUUAAGCUUUGCAUAGAUUUAGCGGACAAAUAUGAUGUUAUAAGAAAGAAAUAUUGGGAAUUUAUAAGUGACCAACUAAAGGAAAGUUUCAAUGAGUGUUCAACUACAGUGUAAAAUUUGGUUUUUCUUCCUCGAGGAUUAUGAAUUUAGAAUUUCCUCUUUCUGCGGCCCUGUUACAAUUGAUUAUUUAAAAAAAAAACCGUAUUGUACACUCUGACAUUGUAACCGGAGACUUCACAAAGCAGCUAUUUCCUGUACUAUAUCCAACUUGUGGUUGGAAUUUUAAUGUACCUUGAAUUUUUCAAAGCUCUAUGUCAACAUUUGUGUCUAUUUACGAUUUUGUACAAAUUUU